UGGCCCAACUCAGUACGCAACUCCACCGGCAGUAACUGUUAUUACCUAUUCAUGGCGUAAAAUGUCAGUUGACACCGGCAGAGAACGCCUAAGGAACACUGUCGUCUCCGAUGUUCCGAACAAUUUUUCACUUGCGAUCUUUCUCAACCCCCAUAUUUUCCCUUCCUCAAGCCCUUCGCCACUUCUCUCAUUUCUCCAUCUCUCUACCAGCUCAAUCAACCCACUUGCCCGUUAACCCAUCACCACCGUUUACUGAAAAGUCUUCAUUCCAUUCUGUGUCAUCGCUUAGUAGCUCGCUGCUUCUACAGAAGCAUCAAGAUGGGUCAGGAGAUGAGUUCAAUACGGACCCAAAGAGUCCUCCAAAGCUAUUUGUUGUUCAGCCUCGGCUUCGGCCUGAUUCCAUUCUCAAGCCUAAGCUUGAGGAGGCACUGAACCUGGCUAACUCCCUUGAGGAGCAAAGAGAUGGGUUAUAUGAUACUGAGUUCCUUGAUAAACAAUUGCCCCCUCAUCUUGUCGUCCAAAACCCUGCUGCUCGAUCAACUCGCGCUGAUACGUUUUUCGGACCUGGAACUGUGGAUAAUGUUAAAUGCCAUGUAAAUGCUCUGGAAAGUAAGGAAGGGAUAGAUGCCAUUUUUGUAAAUGCAAUUCUCACUGGCAUACAGCAGCGUAAUUUAGAGCGGGCUUGGGGUAAACCUGUUCUGGACCGUGUGGGCCUUAUAAUAGAGAUUUUCAAUGCACAUGCUCAGACGAAGGAAGCAAAACUACAGGCUGAGUUGGCUGCACUUAUGUACAAGAAAAGCCGGCUUGUUCGUUUACGUGGUCCUGGUGGACGUUAUGCUUUUGGUGUAGCUGGAGAAGCUGAAGUAGUUAGUGCCAGAGGGAGAGGAAGUGGGGGACGUGGUUUCAUUAGUGGUGCUGGAGAGACAGAAUUGCAGCUUCAGCGGCGAAGAAUUUUAGAACGGAGGAAUCAGUUGUUAUCUGAAAUUAAAGAGGUUCGUCGCACACGAGCUUUGCAACGCGCUGCUCGCAAGAGGCAUGGAGGACCAGAUGGUCAAGAAAUUCCUACAGUUGCUGUUGUUGGUUACACAAAUGCUGGGAAAUCUACCUUAGUUAGUGCAGUCUCGGACAGUUAUCUCUACUGCGAUGAUCGAUUGUUUGCCACAGUGGACCCCAAGUUAAGAAGUGUCAUUCUCCCAUCAGGAAGGAAAGUGCUGCUCAGUGAUACUGUGGGAUUCAUAUCGGAUUUGCCAACACAGCUAGUUGAAGCCUUUCAUGCAACAUUGGAAGAAGUUGUUGAAGCCGACCUCCUUGUGCAUGUGCUGGACUCAAGUGCACCAGACCUAAAGGAGCAGCGGGAAGCAGUGUUGCAGGUUCUUGGGCAGAUAGGAGUCUCUGAGCAUAAGCUCCAGAAUAUGAUUGAAGUUUGGAAUAAGAUUGAUCUUCACGAGGAUUUUGUUGGAGAUGGUUAUUGCAACGAGCAUGAAGUUUCUAGCUGGUCAGACGAAAACAAUGAUGUUGCAUUCAAUAACUUGUGUGAAGAGGACCUCCCUGAUUAUGGUGCUAAUGAAAAUGAGGACUUUGAGCAAUCAGAAAAGCUUGGACAGGUUAUAGAUGAUCAACAAGGUAACUACACUGAUGAAUGGUUGGUCUCAGGUGAUGAACAAGAUUCCUGGGUUGAUUAUAAUAGUUCCUCGGUGGGCUGUGGGAGUACUGAGGUCCAGCAAAACAACCACUCUAUGAAGUCGGAUGUUAUUAGUAGCGAAACCCAGUCCGUUUCUGAGUCUGCUACAGAUACACAUGUCAAGACGUCUGCCUUAACAGGUGUUGGAUUGCAAGAGUUGCUGGAGCUUCUUGAUGAAAGAUUGAAGCCCCAGAAAACCAUAGAGAAGAAUAUCUUUAACCGCAAAUGGAGACCACCACGCACAGAGGAUAGCAGAAUAGCAGUUGAACAAUAGUAUAUAUAAAGAGCAAGACAAGCAUUCCAUCUCAAGGCAGUUGUGUUUAUCCACGACUAAAGAGGAAUUAAGUUUUAACACAAUUAGGAGGAUUUGUGACUAGUAGCUACAUGCAUCUCCUUGACAUAGAAGAUUGGAACAUGGAUUGGAGCUGCCUUUGGUCAUUGGUUAUUGGGGAUGUGUUCACUCCUACUGUGAAUGCUACACUAUGGUUGUCCUAUAUCUGGUGUUUCUAUUCUCUGAAUAUCCAGAACUGCCUAUCAAACAUCGAAUUGCAUUCUUAAUUGCAUUAAAUUCCAAAUUGACGAUUUUUUUGGAAGUUAGCCAGUUGGUUAAUCUUUGGUUUUGUUA